AUGGCGGAGGAGGACUCAAGGUCGACCAAAAAAACCGAACCCCCGGAGGGGCCCUCGGGGCACCGGGGGCACCCACUGCCAUUUGAUAACUGCGGAAACCCGCUGCGGCCUCCGGCCAGGGAGUGCUCCGCUCGAAAAAGGGGUGUUGAGCGGCCUGAGACGAUCCCGGGCAGCCCCCGAUUCACCUGUUACGGGAGCCUCCUUCGCGGGGGAUUGUCGGGAGUGCAAACUGGCGGAGAGCAGCAAAGGAGAGACACUCACCUCCAUCCGGAGAUGCCACCACUAUCGAAAUCAAGCCAUCUAACGCCUUCCAAACAGACACGAAAGACCAGCUCAAAAUACAGUCAGGGGUCCCCAUCCAACGAAACACACGAACCAGAUGCAAUCGAUCCGGUUAGGCGCGAAUUGGUCAUUGUGGUCGAAACGUUUGUGAAAUUUCGGCAUGAAUGGGACGAGUUGGUCUUGAAUCGAAGCUUGAACUUGAUACUCAAAAUCAUGGAUCUAGAAGCUGAAAUCAGAUCGACCAUUCAGAAUUCGUGUUUCUUGCAAAAGUGUGCUGAGGACAAGGUGGUACUGGAAGAUGGAUAUGCCUGGAAGCAAUUUUGUAAAAUGAAUGAACAUUGCAGACAACUGGAAAUUCUGCUGGGCGAUCUGACGAAAUUGGGGUUCAAAAUCCAGCAGUUGAAUGAUCAUUUCGAGGCGCUUAUUCCAAAGAGUUGUGGUACCCAUGGUAUCAAAAUGAUCUUUGAAAGUCCGCUUGGAUUAACCUGGCCCUUGCCUCAAAUUUGCGACCACUUCAUCAAUCUAUCAAGCCAGUAUAUCCAUUCCCUACAAUUUCACCAUUCUCUUUAUGAUGUGAUCGUCUCCCAGGAUACCUCAACAUCUGAGAAACAGGCUGCAGUAAGCUAUUGGGCUUGUCAACCACUGAUGUAUGAUAAAAGUGAACUGAACGACUUCUUGGAGGUGGAAUUUCCGAAUUUCUUCAAUGGGCCCAACUUGACACCCAAAAAACCGAUGCAGAAUAAGCAUUAAUUAAUAAACACCUUACACUGAAAAUAAUGUUGCACUCUGGGCACUUAUUUUUUCAACAUCCGGCGCCCCAGGUUCUGACAUGCAUGACAUCAUAGUCCCUCUGGCCGUAUAUCAUUUCC